AUGCUCGAUGCUGGUUGGUCCAGGAGUGCAGCCCAGGCCUCAUGUCGUCCUGCACUAUCUAUUGCGUCCACUUCACUGUCAACCCUUGGUUCAUCCGUUAUCGCACCAACACCCCCACAGUCACCUCAUCCGCCACUGACGAGUCUUACUGGGGCACUUUUUCAGUUACCUGAAACUUUACUGCUCACCGUCACACCCUACUUUAUUGGAGAGGCAGAUGCAGAUGUGAGGUGGGUCAAAUGGGACGAAGCUUUACACAAGGAACUUGUCGGUGCAAUCACUUAUGAUUACUUUGUAUACCUGUACUGUGGUAUCCUCUACAACAUGCCUGCAGUGCCUGGCAAAUCUGGACCCUAUUACUGUGUCACUCAUGGACGAUACAUUGGUGUUUUCAAUCACUGGGAAGAAGUCACAGAGAACAUCAAAGGCUAUUCUGAUGUGGUUUACACCAUUACUUCGCUCACCAUUGGAGAAGUACUUCUUCGUGCUGCAAUUGACAAGGGUGAAGUACACAUGUAUCCAAAAUGA